AUGGCCUCACUCGCCCGCUGCUCCCGACCCGCCCUCCGCCUUGCGCGCGUCGCUUCGCCGUGCCAUUCGCCGCAUUCCCUCGUCCGCCUCCUCCCCGCUCUCCGCGCGAUUCUUCUCCCCCGCACCACUUCCCCCCGCCGCCCGUCGUUCGCGUGCGCCCAUCGCCACGCGCGCCCCCUGUCAGGCUCCGCGUACCUCAGCACUACCAGGGGGAGCAGCGGUCAGCGGAGGGAGGGAGAUCGGGGGGAGGGGCGCGCAGCUCAGGAUAGGGGGAGAGAGAGAGGGGCUUGGCGGACGCGCGCGGGGCUGGUAGGAUCUCGGGCGGACGAUUUAACGGCGGAACCAUCGAGCGCAGCAGCAAGGGCAGGCAGCAUUGCGGUUGGCGGUAGAGGCAGGGAGGCGAGCGCGGGGAGCGGAAAGGGGGUGGGCGGCGGCAGAGGUAGGGAGGCCGGCAAUAGUGAGGUAAGCCGCGGUAGCGGGCAGCGAAGCAGCAGCGAGCGCGGGAACAGCAGCCGACAGCAGGCCACCACCGGCGCUGCCAGUGCGGCAGCAGUGCGGAGUAAUCUCCCUACCUCCAAGGAUCGCAGCGGCGGCAGCAGCGGCAAGGGCGAAAUGCCGAAGCGCAAGCGCGGGUACACGGCGGAGGAGGAGGCGAAGCGGCUGUUGAACCAGUGCAGCAAGCACGGCGACCUGCGCACGGCGCUGGCGCUGUUCGACGCGCACGUGGCGGGCACGGGGCCCGCGUUCAAGACGUACGAGUUCAACAUCGCGCUCUACCUCUGCGCGCUCGUCGCCUCCUCGGGGCAGGUGGGGUCCGUCCCGCGGGGGGGGAAGGGGAAGGAGGGCGGAAAGAAGAAGGAGGGGGAGAAUGGUGCCGGGGCAGGUGGUGGAGACAGCAGCGCGGCAGGAGGGGGAGAGGAAGGGGGGGAGAAGUGGAGCAAGGAGGAGGCGAAGGCGGUGGCAGGGGCGCGCGGAAUGGACGUGUGGGCGGACAUGCAGCGGAGAGGCGUUCCGCUUAACGAGGCCACCUUCACCGCGCUCGCGCGCCUGGCCUCCGCGCGCGGCGACGCGCCCAUGGCGUUCCGCGUGGUGCGCGACAUGGCGGAGCAGGGCGUCCCCCCGCGCCACCGCUCGUACGACCCCGCGCUGCUCGCCUUCUGCCGCCAAGGGGACCUGCGCGGCGCGGAGGAGGUUUUUCAACACAUGGCUGCCCGCGGGCUGGCCGCGCUGCCCGAACAGGUCGCCGCCCUGCUGGACGUGAGCGUGCGCGCGGGCAGCCCGGGCAGCGUGUACAAAAACAUUCACCGCAUGCGGAAAGUUGCGCGCGGGCUGCCCGAGGACGUGAUUGGGACGCUGAGGGCGUGGUUUGAGUCUGAACGUGCUAGGCAGGGGGGCGCGGAGGGCGAGGGGGGGAAGAGGGCGGAGGGGGCAGGGGAGGCGGGUAGCAAGGAGGCGGAGAGCGAGGGGGAGAGGGAGGCGCAGGGGGGAGGGGCAGAGGAAGGGCGGAAGGGGUGGACACAGGAGGAGGCGGAGCGGGCAAUGGCAGUGAACGGGGGGGGAUGGCACGGACUGGGGUGGGCCAUGCACAGGGGGGACGCCGCAGGGGCUGGUGCAGGGGAAACGCAGGGGGGUUCGUGGCAGGUACAGGACGUGCGGGUGGACGAGGGGGGCACGUGCUCUGGUUGCAGCGCCCGUCUCGCCACCAUCGAUCUGGACGACGCCGAGACGGAGCGCUUUGCGCGCGCCGUGGACGCACUGGUGGAGGCGAGGGGCAAGGCGCGCGAGCUGGCGGCGUUCAAGGCGUGGCUGGCACGGCACGGGCCGUUCCCUGCCGUGGUGGACGCGGCCAACGUGGGGCUGUACAACCAGAACUUCGCCCAGGGGGGCUUUAACUUCUGGCAGCUCCACUCCAUCGCCAAGGCUGUCGCCGCCCUGGGGCCUGCAGGCUCGGGUGGAGGUUCGGAGGCAGGUUCGGCGUCGGCGGCCCCGAGGCUGCCGCUGCUGGUGGUGCAUCACAAGCGGGUGAAGGGCGGGCCGGCAGCAGAGCCGUUUGCACAGCAGUGCCUGGCGCAGUACGAGCAGCAGCACUGCCUCUUCACCACCCCCACUGGCGCCAAUGAUGACUGGUACUGGCUGUACGCGGCGAUAUCGAUGCGGUGUCUGCUGGUGAGCAACGAUGAAAUGCGCGACCACAUCUUCCAGACGCUCAGCGCUGACUACUUCUCGCGCUGGAAGGAGCGCCACCAGGUGCGGUUCACCAUGACACCGCGAGGCCCAGUGCUGCGCAUGCCACCCAACUUCUCCUUCGUCAUCCAGGAGUCAAGCGACGGCGCCUGGCACUUCCCCAAGGCGCACCGCGCAGGGGGACAGGGAGAGAAGGGGGACGGAGGGCAGGAGAAGAAUUUGGUUGAGGGUGGAGGGGAAGUGGAGAUGUGCGGAGAAGGGGAGGCGAAAGAACGCUUGAAGGAAGGGAGUGAGGGAGAGGGGGGCAAUGGAGAGGGUGGAGGGGGGCUGUUUGACAAAUGGCUGUGCGUGCAGUGGAAGAGAGAGUGA